AUGAAGAACUCUAGAAGUGAAGUUAGUAAAGUUCGUCUUGAAAUGAAACAAAAUUUCUCGAUUGAGUUGCCGUUCCCACCAGACCUGACGCAGCUAGAAUCCAAAAAAAAGUGUGGUGCGUUUAUAAUUUAUCGGAGGCAUUUCUCGAAAAUGGUUGGCAAAAGAGGAAUAAAAUUAACUCUUGCAGAAAUGUCUAGACAUGCAUCUAGACAUUGGAAAAAAGAGCCCGCUAAUGUAAAAGGAUGGUAUAAAGACUAUUCAGAAAAUAUGAAGAAAGAGUUGAUUUUUUAUGAAUACACCGAACCUGGGAGAUGUUCUGUUAUCCCUCCUCGUCAAUUUAUAUUUAUCCAGGAUCCUCUCAGCAUGCACUCACAACAAUGA